AUGGAGGAUACCAUGAGACAACUAGACGCGCUUGAGAAUGCUAUCCAAGGUGCAACUAACACAAAAAGUGAUGUUAAGAGCAGUGCUAGAUCAUUGGGGGUCGCGAUAAGAGACCUAUAUAAGCUAGCAAAGGCAAUUGGGAUGACCAGAUCUCCCGACUUACUGGAGCAACGAUUGCAGAGUGGGCAGCAACAGCUAUAUACCCAGCAAACGAGGAUGAUGUCGGCGAUUAGGGAGGUCCAGAUAGCCCAACAACAACAAGCGGACCUACUAAGGGCAGUAGGAGUUGAGAGUAAGUCGGAGGAGGUGCUCCUGGCAGUCAGAGCGCUAGGAACAGAGUUGGCGGGGCAAUCAGUAGCUGUUGCACGCCUGGAGGAAGGACAAUCCAUCAAGGAAAGCAUUCUAAGCACUGGCCGUCAGGAAAAUGCGGCUACUAACGAGGAAGAGAAUAAGGGAGACACGGGAUGGAGCGAUGUGGUCAAGAAGAGACCACAGAGAAAGACUGAGCGGCAGAAGGGACAAUUCCAACAGCCAUCGGAGACAAAGCGGCCACCCCGGAGCCGCCCCCAAGCGGUACUGGUGAACGUGAGCCGGGAGGACUUUCCGGAGCUCGCUAAGAAAAUACGGUCAGGGGUCAGACAAGAAGUGGUUGGAGACAGAGUCAUUGGCAUGAGACAAGUCAGGUCCGGCGGCCUGCUGAUUGAGGUAAGGGGCGACACCGCACAAGUCGAAGCAAUUAGGGCGGAGGUGGCCAGAUCAGCGGGCGAAGAAGUGUCAGUCAAGUCACUCCAGGCGAUGACAAUGGUGGAGGUAAGGGAUCUGGACCAGUGGUCAACUAGCGAAGAGAUAUCAGGAGCCAUAAACGCUGCCACCGACGCGGAUCAGGCCGCGAUCAGAGUGCUGAGCAUUCGACAGCAGUUCGGAGGCACUCAGGCUGCUGUGAUCCUCGUUUCCAGAGACGUGGCAGGUAAACUGCUGGCCAGUGGACGGCUUAAGGUAGGUCUAGUUAGCUGCAGGGUUAGGGUUCGGGAAGACCGAAUACGGUGUUUUCGGUGCUUGGAACACGGGCACCUUGCGAAGAACUGCUCCGGCGUGGACAGGACAGGCUGCUGCUGGAGAUGCGGCGAUGGCGGUCAUAAGGCAGCAGUCUGUGCAGCCACUGUCGAGGUUAGAACGGCCUUCGUUAAGACGCUCGCGGGUGGAGUGUCGGUGGAGUGCGGGGACGAGGAGAAGGCGGCCUUCAAGGCACCGCUGGGCGCAAACGCAAAUAAAUGAUUAACGUCCUGCAGAUCAACCUGCACCGGUGCGGUACCGCGCGUGAACUCCUCAACGCCACCGCGGCCGAAAAGGGGAGCGAUCUUCUCCUGAUUUCUGAGCCUCCUAGAGGCCCGCCCGAUGGUCCCAACAGGGUAACCGACCUAAGUGGUAAUUGCGCGAUCGUGCUGCCUGCUCGGUCGUCGGUCGCGGUGGCGAGCAGAGGCGCGGGCUCUGGCUUUGCCUGGAUCAGGACAGCCAACUUGGUGGUGUACAGCUGCUACAUCUCGCCAAACCAGACGACAGACCAGUUUGGAGAGAGCCUGGACCGCCUAGAGGACUCGGUCCGACGGCUGGACCCCGGAACGGAUGUCCUGGUGGCGGGAGAUUUCAACGCCAAAUCUCACGAAUGGGGAUCGGCAGUCGAAGACGGCCGCGGCUCGGCACUGGCGGACCUCGUGGCGAGUCUAGGGCUGGUGUCGGCUAACGUAGGAAGCAAGCCUACGUUCCAAAGGCGUGGUGCGCAAUCGGUGAUCGACGUGACCUUUGCCAGCGCCUCCUUGGCUUCUAGAAUUCGGGGGUGGGAGGUCCUAGACGACUUCACCGACAGCGACCACAAAUACGUUACAUUCGAAGUCACCCCCCCCUCGGGACGAGCUGCGACAACUGCAAAGAACAGGUCGGAUAACACAAACCCAGGCGACCGGCUCGGCUGGGCCUGCCGCAAGCUUGACCCCGAGGCCCUGACCAUGUUCCUGCGGUCAACACCCAUCCUGGGGAUAUCUGGGGAGCCAACGGCGGACCAGGCAGCGGAGGCGUUGGAUGCGCAUCUCGCUCGCGCGGCUGACGCGUGUAUGCCCCGCAGAUCUGACCGACCUGGCGGCAAGAAACCGGUCCACUGGUGGUCAACUGAAAUUGCCCAACUGCGGUCGCGGUGUCUGGCGGCCAGGAGGGCCUACCAGAGGUCGCGCGGGCGACGGGUUGCCACCGAAGGCGUGGAGGAACUGCGGCGCGCCUUCCAAGACGAGCGCAAGUCCCUCAGGCUCGCUAUCAGGAAGGCCCAGGAACAUAGCUGGAGGGAACUCUGUAGGGCGGUCGACAACGACCCGUGGGGCCUACCCUAUAAACUGGUCACCAAAAAGCUGAGGACGGGGAACUCGGGGGCCCAGGCGUGCGGUCGUGAAGCCAUGAUCGUCGACGGACUGUUCCCGGAUGACCCACCCGUGGACUGGGCAAGGGUCCCGCUCCCGAGAGCGGGCGGAAUGCUCGCACCGCUAUUUUCCGCCACCGAACUAGAGGCGGCGGCCUGUCACCUCCCCCCCGGGAAGGCUCCUGGCCCGGACGGGGUUCCAAACGUCGUGCUGAAGCGAGCAUGUGAAUUGAUCCCUGCAGUGCUCUUGGACGUUUUCAACCGCUGCCUGGGGCAGGGGGAGUUCCCUCGGCUGUGGAAGAGGGCCAAACUCGUGCUACUGCACAAAGGGGCGGACAAACCUCCUGAUGAGCCCUCCAGCUAUAGGCCGAUCAGUCUGCUGAGCACCGUCGGGAAACUGUACGAGAGGCUGUUGCUCGGGCGGGUCAACACCCACCUCAAUAACAUGGAGGGAGGGUUGUCGGACUCCCAGUUCGGAUUCCGCGUCGGGCGCUCCACUGAGGACGCGCUAAGGGCAGUGCUCAAGGCGACAGACGAAGCCGCCCUGGUCCAUGCCAGAAAUAGGGGCAUCUGCGCCGUCGUCUCCCUGGAUGUGAGAAAUGCCUUCAACUCGGCCCCAUGGAGGGGGCUGGACGUAGCGCUUGCUCGCAAAGACCUGCCCACAUAUCUGCAGUCCGUCUUCCGGUCUUACAUGAGUGACCGCAAAAUGUUGGUGCCGGGGGGAUCGGUCAGGCCAGUCACCGCCGGGGUCCCACAGGGCUCGGUGCUCGGGCCGACGAUGUGGAACAUUUUCUACGACCCGCUCAUGACAAUUCCAGUCCCCGCUGGCGUUCGUCUUAUCGCCUUUGCGGACGAUGUCGCAAUCGUCGGCUCAGCCAGAACGGGGGAGCUGCUUGAGCAGGCGCUCAAUCCAGCGCUCGAGGCAGUUUCGGCCUGGAUGGCGACAAACGGCCUUUCCUUGGCGGUCCACAAGACUGAAGCUGCGGUCCUCACGAGGAAGUGGUCGUACGCGCUACCGCGACUGACAAUCGGCGGGACGAACGUCAGGAUCUCGGAAGAGAUUAA